AUGAACACUUAUAGACAAAAUCAUUUAGAUCCGCAUGAAGCAAUAUAUAACUUUCAAAACAGGAUAGCCCCGCCUCUUCAUCCUUUAUCUCGUCCGCCUCAUCCUUCUCCUCCUCCUUCUCAUCCAACUUCGUCUCCUGUUUCUCCUCCUCCACUUCCUGGUCAUCCACCUCUACCUCCUCCUACUCCUUUCCCACGGUCAUCACUAUUACAAUAUCCCCCAUUUCCUCUUUAUCCUUAUGCUCCUUCUUCUCCUACACUUUAUCCUCCACCACCACUACCAUCUCCUUCUCAUCCUCCUUUUUAUCCUCCACCGCCUCCUAUAACUUAUCCUCUUUCAUCUUCUCCUCUACCUCCUCUACCUCCUCAUGCUCCUCGUUAUAGAAAUUUUCAAGAAUCAGUUUCCUUAAAGAUUCAAUUGCAAUUAUGA